AGAGCAAAGGACACCGGAGACGGCACACACCCUGCUCGGGUCUCAGUGUCCUAAGAGAAGGGGUCUUGGUUGAGGCGGCAAAAGGAUGUGAGACCGGGCGGGAGCGGGGGUCGCUUGUGUUGUGGGAGGGGGACUAUUUUCUGAAGGAGGGGGCGAAGAAGAGAAAGGCGGCGGAGGGAUAUCUGGGCGGGGCAAGAUGGCGGCGCCCUGUGGGCUUUAGGAGUCCUGAGUGGUAAACAGCUGAGCGUAGGCGAAGGAGGAGCAGCCGCCGGAGCAGAAUCGGAAGGGUGAAUAUCUAGGUUUGGAGUUCGGUAAGAAUGAAUGGAUGACAGUGGGGAAAGCAGGGGGGAAGGAAGAAGAAACGGGGGUAGCGAUGAGAGGAAUAAGGGGCAGUGGGGAAGGAGUGGUCCAUCAGGCGAGAGGAAGCAGGGAAGAGGAUGGAGCAUGAGGGUAGGGCUGUCUCUGUGUGCAUCGGAGCAGAAGGGAGGCGAAGAAACAAUAAAGGGACAUCGUGCAUUUAAGGGACGCCUUUUUGUCAUUGCAACUUUUCAGUUUAUCCGUAACAACGCCCCUGAGAGGUAGGUCAGGGAAAAGUGGUGUGUUGAUGGGGGGGGGGGGAGGAAGAAAGAAAGUGGCGAUGCGGAGGGAAAGCUAAAUAUAUUGUGGGGGAGGGUCCUGCGGGCAAAGAAAUAAUAGAGGUAAUGCGUCUUUGAAUUGAAGCUCUUGCUGCGGAAUAGUGUUUGCCUAAAAACAGGGUGGGGAGAAAAAUCGAGAAGAUGAGGGGAAGAUCAGUUCUAAGUAUUAUUUGGGGUAGGGGCCGAAUGAGGAAGGGGCACGGUGGGGCGGUGUAGAGAAGCAGAAUCAUAAGACAGCUGCUAAAUAAUAGUUAUAGUGCUUGUUUUGUGAUCACAGUGCUUCAUGUACAUUGGGGUUGUACCCAGUGCUAGUUCUAUUGAAAGCAGACCUAUUGAUAUUAAUUGACCUAACUUACCCAUGCAUCUUAGGCAUCAGUGGUUCUACUGAGUAGGACUAGCAGUUGAUGCAACCAAUUGUUUAUUGUUUUAAAGCUAUGAAGCAAGCCUUUAGACCGAGAAGAAAUGGAGAAUAAGGUCCAAAAAGGGGGAGGGAAGCAAGGGUAGAUGGGCUCUGUUGUUAUGUAAGGAAGGGUAAAGGAACGAUACUUAUUUCAGUUUUAUAGCUUUUAGUGUUAUUUGUGUGCUAUUCCUGUGAGGUGGGCAGGGCUAAGUAGAGGGGGUAGUGGGUAGAGGGGAGGAAUGGGGGGGGGGGAGGACAAAGACAUGGGUGAAUUGCCUUUGUGAAUAUUCCCCAGUCUGUUCUCUUGUGUUUAAGCUUGUUUUUGAAACGUCCUCUCCCUGCUCCUUGAACCAGGAAGUCCCUUCUAAGGGCCCCUUUAUCUGAGAUACAUUUUAACCAGUGUUUGGCAAAUCUUGACUAACCUGUUUUUGAAUAUGGAAAGUUGGCUAGUGUAUAUAGCCCCCUUUGGAUCCUACUUGUGGGCUUCUCAUAGGUAUCUGUUUGGCCACUGUCAUCCAGCAGGGUUUUUCUUACAUUUUUGGGGGGGAAAGAAAAUGUACCCUUCUCCUCUGAAAAACAUCCUGUUGACUAGCUCUAAUUCAGAGGGACCCACAAAUAAAGGAACAAAAUAGUCUUUUGUUUUUAGCUGGAUUAUUUCUGUUGCAAGGCUUUCUGUUUUUCAGGCACAGUCAGCUGGCUUGCUUAUCCUAUUGUUGUGGAUCUCUGGCUUAGAUUGUGAGGAAAACCACUCUUCCCAGGCAUAGCUGUCAGUAGAGAGUAUUCAAGGUGGCUGUAUGCACUUAAAAAUUAUCUCACAUUCGUUUCUGUGUGUGUGGCUGGUGAUGACUUCUGUAAAAUUCUACUGACUAAUACCAACUAUGGCUAAUUUGUCAAAAUGGCAGGCAUACUUGAAAUACCUCAGGCUAUUCUGUCUAAUGAGCUUGUUACUAAUAAUACUCUCCAUCACUUAAAAUAAGAUUAAUUUUUCAGGGUUUAUGAAAGUUAUUCCUUACAGGCAUUGAUUGUCUACAGGCAGGGAGAAAUUGUGGACUGCAACUUCCUCCAGCUGUAGCCAGUAUGGCCAGUAAUCAGGGCUGAUAGCAGUUGUACUCCACACUGCCUGGAGGGUGCUAUGUUGGUUCUGUGAGUCAGUUUGGUCCAGCAGGUUAUUCCCUGGUUGGCUUGGAUGUGAAAACUGUCUUGAGCUUUCAGUCUAUUUACUAGGUUUUUUGGGGGGAAGUCAUCUUUGAGGUCCUUGUUUAUAGCAAUCCAAAGAAGAAUCCACUUCAGAAUUUUACAGGAGGCUUUAUGAUAACUAUUGUAAUAUGCAGACUAAACUUUGUGUCCUGGUUGACUUGGCUGUGUGUGAAGGGAGAUGACACCCUAAAAGUCUGCAUUUUAAAAAAGAAUGCGCUUCUGGAUCAGAGUACCUUAAGGAUCGCCAUAGCCCUUAUAUUGCAGCUCAGUCAUAGGAGUGCUGUUAGUAGCCCCCCCCCCCCCGUGUUACAGAGGCAAAGCUGGCCUCAGCUAGAAGUCAGACACUUGUGGUUGGUGGGUCCACACUGUAAACACCCUUCCAGCAGAGAUUCGGCCAGCUGUCCUUUGCAGUUGCUUAACUUUUAUUUUUGUUAUUUAUUUAUUGCAUUUUUAUCCCACCUUACUUCCAAGAGCUCAAGGUGGCAUAUGUAUUUCUACACCUCCCUCUAAAUUUUAUUCUCACAACAAUCUUGGGCUGUUAGGCUGAUAGUGACUGGCCAAAGGUCACACCCAGUGAGCUCUGUGACUGAGUGGGGAUUUGAUCCCAAGCCAUAGUCCAAUACUCUAACCACUAUACCACAGUUCUAGUUACAAGUAGGUAGCUGUGUUGGUCUGCCGUAGUCGAAACAAAAUAAAAAAAAUUCCUUCCAGUAGCACCUUAGAGACCAACUGAGUUUGUUAUUGGUAUGAGCUUUUGUGUGCAAGUGUGCAGACAUUACUUUUUUGAGCCAUGAUAGAAGAAGCUUUAGAUUUAAGUCUUACAGUUAGGUCUGGCUCUUUUGAGAGAGCCUUGAUCACCAAAGAUGGCUAGAAAUUACAUUUUCAUUCCUACAAUUGUUCCCUGGUCCUCCCAGAAAUCAUGGGAGCUCUAGUUUGUCAUAGACUUUGAGGGUUAAGAGACACUGUAAUCACCUCACAGAGCUACAAUUCCCAGAGUUCCCUAGGAAGAAGGAUUGAUUUUUAAAGCACUCUGGGAUUUUUAGCUGUGUGAGCAAUAUAGGUGUCGCCUAGCAACUCUCGGCACCCUUGCCAAACUACAGCUCCCAUGAUUCUGCAGAAGAAUCCAUGAUUGUUGCAGGUGGUAUAUUAGUGCUUUAAGGAUGUGGCACCUGUGUACAACUUACUAUUGUAGGGCAGGAGCAGUAGCCCUCUGGAAAGUCUCAAAAUCAAUCAAUCAAUCUUUAUUACGGUCCAGAGACCCAACAAAUCGUUACAAAGCAAUGCACAAUUCAGACAGCCUACCUCCAGGUUAAACAAGCAUUUUGUUCAGACUUAAAGAUAGGGAUCAUUGGUUCUUGCAACCACUGAUAAAAACUUUGCCACUGCUAAUGUUCUAGCGUUUGUCCGGUCUUCCAAUAGGAACCUGACAUAGUGAACCUCUGAUUUUCCCGGGAAAGGUACCAGCAAGGGUAAUAUCAGUUCAGUCCUGGCUUGCUCAUAUUUUGCACAGCAAAAUAUGUUUUAUAGAAUCGAUGUCUUGAGCACCCGAGCAAAGUCUGUCCUGGUAGGGGGCUCCUCUCCACCUGCCAUCCAACACUGCAGAAGGAAAUAUGUUUAGUCUGGCUUUGGUGAAUAAUCUUCGAUAAUUUGGUACUGCCAGGUUUUUAAUGUAAGGUGUUAACUUAAAGACAUGCCCAUAUUGUACUCCUACUGCCAGCGGACUACAGAUUGCGUUUGAUCGAGAUCGCAAGUCACUGUGUGUAUUAUCCCAUAAUCUUUGAUUUAACGUCUUUUGGGCGCCUGCAUAACCCAGGUAAUAAAGUUGUGGGGGGUGACGGACCAACAGAGGUGGCUUUUUUAGCCAUGGUUUUCUGCCAUUUGCUGACAGACUCCUCAUUGGUCAGGUGUAGGUACAAACCCUUCCCUAGAGCAAACACUGAGAUCCUGAGCCAAUGUUUUAGGGCAGCCCACCGUGCUUUAGUUGAAAUUGGGCAUUCACCAGCUUCUAACAGUAGUAUGGAGUUGGGGACACAGUUGGGUACCUGCAGCAGAGAUUGUAGAAAUUUUGCCUGAAAGUCAUUUAGCUUAGGCAGGUCCCCAUUAUGCCAGACAUUUGCAGCGUACAGGAGUUGGGAAACAGAUUUUGCAUUGAAAACCCUUAAGGCUGCUGGAACAUAUUUGCCGUCCUUUGUGAAAAAAAAUCUGAGUAUGGCUAGCUUUGAGAUUUCCGCCUUUUGAAGGGAGGUUUGUCAGUGGUGCUUCCAAGAUCCUGUAUGAUGGAAUGUGAGCCCUAGAUAACUGAAGUAUUUAAUCUGUUCAAGUCUUAAAAUACAGUUUGUGGUUUUAGUUGGGGCAAAUUGUUGAAUGUAGGAGUGCUCAACAGCUAUUUACUCAUCAUCCUUUAUCUUUAUUUUUCCUAUCCACUGGUGUUAAUGAAAAAAAGUCAGAUUUUCUAGCAGUGGAAAGAGAGUCAGCAUUACAAUUAAAGAGUUCUGAACUUUUGCAUUUUAUAGAUGUUUAAAUUGCAGCCUGUUUUUUUCUGGAAUGCUAUUAGAUGCUCUGCAAGUGUUUGGGAUUAAAAAAAAAAAAAUUGCAAAUUUGAUAGUUCUUCUUUGGUGUUGAGUGCCCUUCACUAACCCAUAUAUAUAAAAGCUGUAUUUGAUGUUGGAUGGCAGUUGCCAGAUGCCUUAAGGAUGGUUUUGGGUUUUUGUGCUUGGGUUUGGCUUCUGCUUGCAAAAUGGCAGCAUUGCCUGUCAGCUGUCACAAUCUAAACAAAUCUCACAUAACUUCCUUUUCUGUUUUCCCUGACGGUUCCAAGACUCUGGGAAAUGGCGGUUUGGUUCUGCAGCAACAGCUCUUUUGUCAAAGAAUUAUUGACGCUGGGUCUGUCCUGAAAUUAAAGCACUGUGCAAGAUGUUGUGUACUAUUGCUAGUAGAAUAUCAAAACAGCAGUGAAAAGGAGGUGAUGACACUGGAGAUGAAGACAACAGUGGCAGGAGUCCAGUUGACUUGGCACCAGCCAGCAUGACUUGGCUUGAGGCAUUCAGCCCAGUUCUUAGCAUUAAAAGAAAAGCUAAAAACCUGCCCCCACUUUUGCUGUUUGCUAGAAAUCGGUGUGUUUGCAAAAAUAGAAUCCUGUAGGCUGCGAGGAUUUCAAUCACAUUUUGAAAGGCAAAAAUGGGAAAUGUCCAGAAAGUCUGUUUAAAAUGCUUUGUUAGGGGGUAGUGGGACAGCUUUACUUUUUGAAUCUCAAGACGGGCCUGGGUUCAAAUAUCAGGCCUCACAUACAGAUUCCUGUACAGUGGUACCUCGGGUUAAGUACUUAAUUCGUUCCGGACGUCCGUUCUUAACCUGAAACUGUUCUUAACCUGAAGCACCACUUUAGCUAAUGGGGCCUCCUGCUGCCACUGGGCUGCUGGAGCAUGAUUUCUGUUCUCAUCCUGAAGCAAAGUUCUUAACCUGAAGCACUAUUUCUGGGUUAGCGGAGUCUGUAACCUGAAGCAUAUGUAACCUGAAGUGUAUAUAACCUGAGGUACCACUGUAUUGUUUUAGCCAGCCUGCGAUGUAUCAAACUCAGUUUGCCUUCUGCAAAAUAAUAAUAAUGCCCUUUGUAAAAUCAGGAUAAUCACCCUCGAGCUGACUAUAUAAUCUGCUGGAAGCUAACUGUUAAUUGGUGAGAACAGUGUACUCCAGUUAUACUGGGAACAACCCCUGUAUAAAUAAAAUAAAACGAGUAUUUUUUGAACCCCAUUGAUUUUGCUGAGAGGGAUUUAGGCAUAUGUUUAACUCAUUUAAAGUGUUGAAGGACAGUUAAUAAUAAUAACAAAAUUUGCUGCUGGUGUACACCAGAAUACUGUAAGUUUAUUUCAGAUAGUAGUAGUUUUCGUUUUCUGAGCAUGCAUAUACAUUGAAAGCAUUGGGGGUUGAGGUGUAAAGAAGUCAGUAUUUGGCUGAAGGGGAAAAAAGAACCCAUUUCAAAAGCAGGGGUUUUAUUUAUUUCUCUUGCCUCAGUAAGACAGAAGCAGUGAGAGUCAACACAGCCAGUGUGGCAUGCACAGAAGCACUUUGUGUGAAGAAGAAUGGCUCAGCAUGGAAAUAUCAGCCAUCUUCUGGCCGUACUGGAUUCCCCACAUCUGCCUGUCCUGGAAGGUGUAAAGACUGAGCUUAGAGAAAUCCUAAACUCAGGUAAGUAUCAGUCAUGUCUCCAGUGAUGUCCACAGAAUUUCUGAAGUUCCUCACAUUUUAUUCUGAAGCAGCUGGCCCACAACUGCUGCUCAACCUAAGGUGGCCACGGAAUACUGCUAUUUUAAAUUGUUGUUGUUGUAGUAAUAAUAUACCACCCUCUUAGAAAAUAUCAGGGCAGCAUACAGCAGUAUAAAAAUGUAAGCCAUUGCAAUCAGUACAGAACAAUCAUUGAAACAACUGGCUUCUUGAGAUUUAAACUGCAUAGGCCUGCUGGCAUGAAGUCUGCAAGAGACACCUGGAGAGUCAAAAGCGAGGGUGCAUGCUGCAUCUCUGCUGGAAGAGUGUUCCACAGCAUGGGAUUGGCUGCACCAAAAGCCGUACUUGUAGUUGAGGCUAAUGGCACCUCUCUGAUGGGGGGCGGGGGGCGGGCACUAACAGUUCUCCAUAUAAUCUCAGUGAAGACUGGGGUAGAAAUGCUCAGGAAGUUAAGACAUCAUGGACCCAAGUUUUUCAGGGCUUUGUAUAGCAUCAUAAGGUGGCUCAGAAUCAUAGAGGCAGCCAACAGAAGUUUUAGCAGAGGUGUCUCAUGUUGCUGGCCACUCAGUCUUCAAUUAAAUCUUACAAUCCCCACUGAAAAAUGUAAACUUGUCAGGUGAUAAUAUUUUAAAUUAUAUAGCAACUAUAUGGGGUAUGGAUCAGUGUAGAUAAGGGGUAGUCAACCUUUUUAUACCUACCGCUCACUAAUGCAUCUUUCUUGAUGGUAAAAUUUCCUUACCACCCACCAGUGCUUGAUGGAAGGAGGGUUCAGCUUGUGCUCUAGAACCCCCUACUGCCCACCUAGAAUCCUGAAGCGCCCACUAGUGGGCAGUAGGGAGCAGGUUGAAAACCCCUGGUGUAGAUAGACUUUCUCUGCCCUUCUGCCAAAAGACUGAUACUUAUUCACUGGAAAGAUAAUACCAUGGCCCCCCUCAAUCAAUGGAUAGAAGUCGUGACAAUGCCUUGCAGCAUACAAAUGGAUUGCUUUUAGACAGAUUGUGUAUGGAUAAAUAAAUUGAUAUUUUGAAUCCAUUUAUGAAAAAUAUAAUUUAUUAAUAAUUUUAAAUUUGGUGAAAUAAUUGUAUUAUUUAUACACCCAUAUAUUGUAUUGCAUUUCAGUUUCAGUCCCCCUCCUUUCUUUUCUUUCACUUUACUCCCUUACUGAAAACUUUCAGUAAAAUAUUAAAAAUAAAAUAAAUCCUAUAAUCCCCACAGGAUAAAUGUUAAAUUGCACAGUACUCAGUGGAUUUAUUCUGUAACCUCCUAUAUAAGUUUCUUCAAAUCAUUUCUAACCAAAUGUGUAUGUGAAUGCACUGAUCUGUAAUUGUGUUUUCUUUUGGUGGCCAAUAACCACAUCAGACCGCGGGCCAGUGCAUGUAAAUACCUUGGUGGAAUCCUACUUGGAAACAAGUUCAGAGCAAGUCUUGCACGCCCUGUGCACUCUUCAAGAGCCGCACGACAAGGUAAUGCACACGUAUAUUGUCAUAAGAAAUGUUUCUCCAGAAAUUGAGAAAAUACUAAAUGGAAGAAGGGAUGUUUGAAAAGUCUGCCAUGUGUAAAUUGAGCUGAAGAAUCGCUGAGCUGCUUUAAAAAGCAACAAGACUGGGGCCCACUUAGAUCAAAAGAUGAGUGGCUGAAUGAAGCCAGUGGCCCAUCUAGUCCAGCAUCCUGUUCUUGCAGUGGCCAAUCAGAUGCCCAUUAUGGAAAGCCUGCAAGCGGAACCUGCGUGCAGCAGCUAUUUUCUCACUUGUGAUUCUCAGCAACUGGUAUUUAGGAGAUGCAGCCUGUGACAGCAGAGGUGGAACAUAGCUACCAUGGCUAGUAGCCAUUGAUAGCUUUAUCCUCCAUGAUUUUGUCUGAUAAACUUUUUAUUUAUUUAAUAAAACUUAUAAAACUGCUUGAUUGUAUGGUGGGGGGAGGGGGAGAUACAUCAAAGCAGUUUUAAAAAGCCAUUGAAGCUGGUGUCCAUCACUGCCAAUCACUUCCCAUGUGACUGUAGGUGCCUCUGAGCUGCUUCUUCCAUGGUCCAGUCUUGAGCAUGUAUGAAUGAAGCAACCUUGUGAAUUGAGCCAGUUGUGGGUCUUUAAUUGUGGUACUGUUCUUGAACCACAACCACUAGUUAAAUGAAACUGCUGUGGGGUGUGUAUCUUUUACAUUUGCACUUGUUUGUAUUAUUUUCAGAAUGUUUCUGAAUGCCAGCCAACCAUGUCCCUAAACCGAUAUUCUCAGCAUUCAGCGGCCAUUGAGUCAAUAUUGGACUGUUUUGGAGUUGUUGCCCUUUUUUAACCUCCCUAAUGUCUCCCCCAAAGAUUGAUUGUUCUGCAAACUUUGGGGUUCCUUCUGAACAUGCUAAUAUCCUCAUGCUUUUCAGUGCCCUCCUUUUUACUAUAAUCCUGUUGGCAUUCAUUAGUUGCUUUGGUUCUUGGCAGGAGAGAUUUUUUAUAUUGUAAGCCACUUUGAGUUUAUUUUAUAGUGAAAGGUGGGAUGUAGACAAUUAAAUAUUUAUUUCAUUCAGUUUAUAUACAAUAUGAUGGUAAAAAGGCAGCUUAAAAAAAGAAUAAAGAAAAUUAACAGUAAAAACAUUCAAAUAAUAAUUGAAAUCAGUGAUAAGCUAAAAACAGGUAAAAACACAUAUUCUGCUUUCAGAAUGUUAUGUGGUAGCCAGUUUUGCAGAUGGAAGUGGUCAAGUGAGCAUAUUCAUGGGGUAAGGUGAUCUAACAGGUGAACCAAGGCCAAUGUUGUUAUUUAGGAGUGCUUUGAGAGGCCUAUGAAAGAAAGUGAGAGCAGGUUCAGUUAUAUAUUUCGGCUUCCCUCCAGGUAAAUUCUCCAUUUGCUUUUAUCACAAGUUCUCUCUUUUUUAUUUCUCUUAGCACCUUCUGGACAAAAUCAAUGAAUGUAUGAACAGGUCAAGUACCCGUCUCUCCGCUCUCUCACUCCUUGGGCAUGUAAUAAGAUGUCAGCCAUCUUGGAAACAUAAGCUUUCUCAGGCGUCUGUCCUGGUUACGUUGCUUAAGUGUCUUAAGGUACGGAUGCUGUGUAGUUGCAAUUCUUGUUUAUUAUAUGUUUCUGUGGAAUGUGAUGACAUACAGUGACCUCUCACAACUUGGUUUCCUCCAGAUGUUCAGGGCUAAAACUUGCAUCAUCCCUGACUAUUGGCUGUGCUAGCUGGGGCUGAUGGGAGUUGUAGUCAAACAACAUUUGGAGGGUGCCAGCCUGAGAUACAGAAACAAAACCCUUUUGGACAGUGGUCACUGCACACUGUGGCUGCAAUGCAAACCUUUGUGAAUGGCGUCCAACCUAGAACUAUUCAUCAGGUAGGGCACAUUCACACAACACCUUUAUCACUUACUGAUUUCUCUUCAAUCAUGCUCCUGCCAUAGUGCAAGGACAGAUAAUGAGUCAAAGCCUGUUCCUGUUCAUGCAAGUUGGAUCAGUUCCCCUCAUUCAUAUCAGAAUUUUCUCUUUUCAAGGGAUGUAGGCUUUAAUUCUGAAAUGGAUCAAUAAAAUCAGAGUGGUAAAGUCUCCAUUAUAAGAGAGAGAAUCUCAAAACAUGGUGAAAAUAAAUAAUACCUCUUUCUUCACAGCUGGGUUUGGGUUUUUUUUGUUUUCAUUGGGCUGUGUCCUACUCAGGGUAGAAAAGUUGAAAUUAACAGACCCAAGCUAGUAACCUGUUACUGUUUUUAAUGGGUCUGCUCUGAGUAGGACUAAUAUUUGAUCCAACUCAGUGUGUUUUUACAACUAUUGUCCCAUUGUCCCAAAUAGGGUCUUCGCUGUUGGCUCCCCCCCCACACACACACCCAGUGUAGCUGUGGCCAAGCCUCUCAAACAUUGUUUCACAUUUUAAAUUUGGCACUUAACUCAUAUUCUGUUACUUUUAUUGAACCCUGUUUAUGUGAAAAACAGAGUAGGGAAAUUAAAUAACCCUUUUUUAAAAAGAGAGUUUGUGAGAAAUAAAGAUUGCUUUAAAUAUGGUGGAAUAAUUCAAAGUCUCCUACAAGUAGAAAACUAGGUGUUGUGCAGAGGGACCUAAACCCUUCUACCUGACAUGCUGCUUUAUAUGUAAAAUGUUGGGUUUCCUUCAUCUGUAGGAGCAUAAAAGCAUGUUACACUAGUGGGGAAGUACUGCAUUUCGGGAAACCAUUUACCACGUUGUACGGAUUGUACAAAUGCAGUCUCUGCUAAGGAGCGUUGAAAGAGCUAUUGAUAUCCUAACUGAACCCACAGAAACGAAGGCAAUGGAGCAGAGGACCUUCCUAAUACUUGUGAUGCAUCUGUCAGGAAAUCUUAAACCUCUGGAUAACUGUCUCCCCCCCCCCCCACUCAUCCUUUGCAGAGUGACGCGGAUGUAGUGGUCCUUAUCACAGGUGUGUUAGUGUUAAUAACGAUGCUGCCAAUGAUCCCCCAGUCUGGGAAGCAGUACCUGCAUGACUACUUUGGCAUCUUUGGUCGGCUUGCUUCCUGGAACUUGAAGAAUCCAGGUGAGAUGCUAGAAAAGGUCUGUUGUGAACAAGCUUAUCCUUGGGAACGUCUGUAGCUCAGUGGUAGGGCAUCUGCUUUGCAUGCAGAAGAGCCCCUGCCAGUCAGCAUAGAUCAGUGUUGUUGAACCUUGGGUCCCCAGAUGUGAGUGAACUACAACUCUCAGAAUUCACAGCCAGCUUAGCAUGAUGGUCAAGGAUGGCGGGAGUUUUAGUCCACCCACAUCAAAGUAACCAAAACCCAGUAGCUCUUGUUGUAGCCCAUACUGAGCUAAAUAAACCAAAAGCCUGGCUCAGAAUAAGGCAGUUCACUAAUUCUCCCAACCUUGCUGAAGGUCCUAAAUUCAGACUACAAUUCUGGCCAUGGAUACACAACCCCCUGAAAUUAUGGCAUUGUGUUUUCAGAGUGUUGGACCUGGGAGACCAGAGUUUAAAUCCUGACUCUUGUCUUGAAAGCUCAUUGGGUAACAUUGUGUCACAGUCAUUGUGUCUCAGCCUGACAUUGUGCUUUACAAGAAGCAGCCCUUGAAAUUGACUGGAAACUUCUAUCAGUGCAAAAUGCAGCAGCCAGAUUACGGGGGCUUCAUUUUGAUCUUUCAUCGUCUGGGUUUUAAAUCGGCUACAUUGAAGACACACUUGCAUUCUGACCUCUGACACCCGAGAUGUAAAUUUUCAGGACACACCACAUUUUUGUGAUUGCAGGUUAUUUUUUAAUGUUUGCAUUUUAAAUUGUUGUAAAGAUUGUCAUCUAAUCUCCAUUUUAACAGAUUGCCCCAGAGUGAGCCAUGGAGUUUAAAUCAGACUUGCACACAGUUUUCUAAAAAUGAAGCCAUAUUUUCCUAAGGUGCUGAACUCACAGCCAGUUCUGUUCAAAAUUACUCUCCCUGCUACCUUUUGUGCACCUAUGGAAUUGUGGCACUUACUAUGAUAAUAUUUACAGCACAGCAGUAUUUUUAGGGGGAGGGCACAUGUCCAGAGACCUCAAUAAUAGGAGUUAUUUUAACCUGUUUUACGUCUUUCCCUCCCUAGGACACACGGCUGAGAUCUACCUGGUGCACCUCCAUGCCAGUGUGUAUGCUCUCUUUCACCGCCUUUACGGAAUGUACCCUUGCAAUUUUGUCUCCUUUCUGCGCUCCCACUACAGUAUGAAAGAAAACUUGGAGACCUUUGAAGAGAUAGUCAAGGUAAAUCUUUUUCUUUAAAGCACGUCUUGUUUGUGUGUACCUGUAAGUCAGAAAGACCUGGCCCAAGCUUCUUUUUCGGAAUUGCAUGAUUGCUGGUAUUUUUUUAUUUUUUUAUUGGCCAUUCACUGUACCGAAAUGAAUAACUAGUUGAACCUGCAUCUGAGGAAGUGGACUUCUAAAGAGAAAUCGGAAGUCCAUCAAUCAAUUGGAACUGAAAAUUAAUACCUGCAAUCAGGUGUGUAUAGGGAACGGCCAUAUAUUUGCAUACAGAAGGUCUUGGGUUCAAUCCCCAUUGACAUCUCCAGAUGGAGGCGGGAGAGAAUCCCUGCCUGAAACCCUAGAGAUCUGCUGCCAGCCAUGGUGGACAGCGCUGGGCUAGAUUGAUUAAUGUUCUUAAAGACAAAGGGACCCCAGGGCGGCUAAGUCCAGUUGAAUUUGCCUAUGGGGUGCAGUGCUCAUCUCCACUUUCAAGCCGAGGGAGCUGGCGCUUGUCUGCAGACAGCUUUCUGACUCAUGCCCAGUAUGACUAAGCUGCUUCUGGUGCAACAGGACACCACGACAGAAGCCAAAGCGCAUGGAAAUGGCAUUUACCUUCCCGCUGCAGCGUACCUAUUUAUGGACUUGCACUGGUACGCUUUCAAACUACUGCGUUGGCAGGAGCUGAGACAGAACACUGGGAGUUCACCCCAUUGCGCGGACUCGAAUUGCCAACCUUAAGAUCAGCAAGCCCAAGAUUGGCAAGCCACAGCGCCCCCUGCGCGCGUCCCCAGUCCUAUAUUCAUCACGUUUGUUUCCGGCUACCCGGAAAUAACAGAAUUGUGUUUUAACAGUCAAAUGGUCGUCUAGACCUCUGGUGAUAGAAAAAAGAAAGUAUUCAACACAACACACAGCAACAGGAUUUGCUUCCACAGUAGGCAGUGAUGGCUAGUUUAGAUGGCUUGACAAGCGUUUUAGGCAUAUUCAGAGACAAUCAGACUGUAACUGGCUACUGACCCUGGUGGAUAUCUUCGGCCUCCACAGUAAGAAGGAAAUAUGCUUCUGAAUACCAGCUGCUGGGAAUCACCAGUGGGGAGAGAUGUGUUGGGCUUGGGUCAUGCUUGUAUGCUUCCCAUCAUGGGCAUCUGGCUGACCAGUAUGAGAACAGUACGCUAGUCUAGAUGGGCCUUUGGUGGUCUGAUCCAACAGAGCUCUUUUUAUGAUAUACCAAGAUAAAAUACCCAUUUUCUCUCUCUGUUUCUUCCAGCCAAUGAUGGCACAUGUGCGCAUCCACCCGGAGCUAGUGACUGGAUCCAAGGAUCACGAACUGGACCCUCGGAGGUAUGUACAUUCCCAUCCCUUUUGAAAGAGAGGCUGUGAUUGAACAUUUAGCUCGUCCCUUCUGAAAUAAAAAUACGUUCAUGGCAUUCUGCAAUGAACCCUUUCUAAAACCAUCCCUAGGUUAGACCAUAGUGACACCCAUGCCACCCUAGGGUUGGCUUUCAAAAAUCUUUUAAAUGGUUUUGAUAAAUAUUUCCUGUAAAUAGAGAUUGUAUCAUAAAUUCUGUGACGGGGUGGAAAUUGACUGGUGGUGCUUGGACCUAAAACAGGUGGAAGAGGCUAGAAACCCAUGAUGUUUUGAUAGAAUGUGCCCGUAUCUCCCUGGACCCAGCCGAAGCUUCCUGUGAAGAUGACUACUAUUCACCUUCCCAGCAGAUGAGCUCUUACAUUCAACAUCACUCCUCUGAUUUUGUUUCCAGUUCUUCUGUUGCUUUGCAGAGAAACUUUGGUAAGGUCCCUCAGCUCUUCAGAAUGUCUAUAAACAGCAGGCGCCAUCCUUGAAGCACCUGCUAGGAGCAGAUGUAUUGCUCAUUCUAGCAAACCAAGUUUACUAGUUCUCUCCUCAGAAUGCCAUUCUCUGGGGCUUUUUUUUUUUUUUUUUGCCUUAACCAUGGUUUCCUGUGACACAUGCCCUGAUGCUAACCAGACCCUGUCAUAAACUGGUUUUGCUAACCUUAUCUAAACUGGAACAUGGCUAGUGUUGGUGUACAUGGUAAGUGAACUCAUGUAUGAGGCAGCAAGUGGAGGGAUGGAAGCAGACACCAUGCCUGUGAUUGAAUCCUGGUUUUUGCAAACCAUGGUUUAUUGCAAGCCAGAGUAAUGGUUGCAGUGGGCAACCAUAGCUUGCUCAAGACUGCUCUGGAAUCUGUAUCUAUGUGUCUCAUGUUCUGACCUGCCACUGUCUUCCCUGUGCCCCACUUGAGUUGCUUAUACUGCUUUAAAGCAGGGGUCAGCUCUCUUUUGCUGAGCCCCUUUCAGAACUUCAUGCUGUGCUGUAAAUUUCCAUUUCCAGCUGGUUCAAGAAAGCCCACCCCCACGUUCUCCAUCCAAUGAAAAAGGCUUCUGCCAAUCAGAGUAUAUAGUACUAAAUGAGAUUGACCAAGAAUCUGACUUGGUAUAACACAGCUUCCUAUAUUCCUGGAAAGGGCUGUUGCUCGUUAAUAGAACAUCUGCUUUGCAUGCAGAAGGUCCCAGGUUCAAUCCCUGACAUCUCCAGGUAGGGCUGGCAAUGUCCAUUUUUCGAAGACUUUGAGUGCUCCUGGUAGUCUGUGUAGACAAUACUGAGCUAGAUAAAACAAUGAACUGUGUAUGCAGUUCAGGGGAUGUUUUAUCCCAUGUUGAUGGCCUUUCAGCUGAUUUCCUGGUGGCCCGCUGGAAUGUGGAGAUAACCAGGGCUAUUGACUGUUUGGCUCCGAAGCGCCCUCUCCGAUUGCAUGGAGCCUGGACAGCUCUGUGGUUUUCCACGGAUCUGAGGGCAAUGAAACAAUCGCUGAGACGGCUAGAGCGCCGGUGGCGGAUAACUCAUUCUGAAGCUGACCGGACACGGGUUAGAGCUCAAUGUCGAGCCGUGGCAAUAGCGACGGCGAAGAAAACCUUCUUCACUGCCUCUAUUGCAUCUGCAGAAAACAGCAGCAGGAGACGCUUUCAGGUGGUUCGCAAUUUAGCAAAACCACCUGCUACAUCGGGGCCCAGUACGGGCCACAUGAUCUCCUGCAAUGAUUUUGCACGUGUUUUUGCAGAUAAAGUCACUCAGAUUUGGGAAGAAGUAGACUCCACCAUGGGAGCAGGGCCGGGGUGGGAGAGUACUAGAAUCCUGUCUAGUCAAGUUGCGUGGGAUCAGUUCCAAUCUGUUACCUCCGAGGAUGUGGACAGGCUGCUUGGAUGCGUGAAACCAACCACCUGUCUCCUUGAUCCUUGCCCAUCCUGGCUUAUAAAAGCUACCCGGGAAGGGCUGGGCGAUGGGCAUUGCGGGGUGGUGAAUUCUUCUCUCUGUGAGGGAGCCUUCCCAGACCUGCUAAAAGAGGUGGUUGUCAAACCGCUUCUUAAAAAAACAUCUUUAGAAGCGGCCAAUAUGGCCAACUAUCGCCCAGUCUCAAAUCUGCCAUUCUUGGGCAAGGUGAUUGAGCGAGUGGUUGCUGAACAACUCCAGGCACGCCUGGAAGAAGCGGACCAUUUGGAUCCCUUCCAGUCAGGAUUCAGGCCUCAUCAUGGGACUGAAACUGCCUUGGUCGCACUGGUCGAUGAUCUCUGGUGGGCUAGGGACAAAGGUGAGAGCUGUUUCCUAGUUCUGCUGGAUCUCGCAGCGGCUUUUGACAUCAUCAACCAUAACAUCCUUCUGGACCAUCUAGAGGGCUGGGAGCUGGGGGCACUGUUAUACAGUGGUUUUGCUCCUUCCUCCUGGGCUGUGUUCAGAAAGUGGUAGUGGGGGAUGAGUGUUCAGACCCCUGGGCUCUCACUUGUGGGGUGCCCCGGGGUUCUGUCCUCUCCCCCAUGCUUUUCAACAUCUACAUGCAGCCGAUGGGAGAGAUCAUCAGAGGGUUUGGGCUGGGUUUUCAUCAGUAUGUGGAUGAUACCCAGCUCUACCUCUCUUUCAAAUCAGAACCAAUGAAGGAGGUGAAGGUCCUUUCUGAGUGCCUGGAGGCGGUUGGAGGAUGGAUGGCGGCUAACAGAUUGAAGUUGAAUCCUGACAAGACAGAAGUACUGUUUUUGGGGGACAGGAGGCGGGCAGGUGUGGAGGACUCCCUGGUCCUGAAUGGAGUAACUCUGCCCCUGAAGGACCAGGUGCGCAGCAUGGGAGUUAUUCUCGACUCACAACUGUCCAUGGAGGCGCAGGUCAAUUCCGUGUCCAGGGCAGCUGUUUACCAGCUCCAUCUGGUACGCAGGCUGAGACCCUACCUGCCCGCAGACUGUAUGGCCAGAGUGGUGCAUGCUCUAGUUAUCUCUCGCUUGGACUACUGCAAUGCGCUCUAUGUGGGGCUUCCUUUGGAGGUGACCCGGAAACUACAACUAAUCCAGAAUGCAGCAGCUAGACUGGUGACUGGGAGCGGCUGCCGAGACCAUAUAACACCAGUCUUGAAAGACCUACAUUGGCUCCCAGUACGUUUCCGAGCACAAUUCAAAGUGCUGGUGCUGACCUUUAAAGCCCUAAACGGCCUUGGUCCAGUAUACCUGAAGGAGUGUCUCCACCCCCAUUGUUCUGCCCGGACACUGAGGUCCAGCGCCGAGGGCCUUCUGGCGGUUCCCUCACUGCAAGAAGCCAAGUUACAGGGAACCAGGCAGAGGGCCUUCUUGGUAGUGGCACCCGCCCUCCCACCAGAUGUCAAAGAGAACAACAACUACCAGACUUUUAGAAGACAUCUGAAGGCAGCCCUGUUUAGGGAAGAUUUUAAUGUUUAAUAAAAUAUUGUAUUUUAAUAUUUUGUUGGAAGCCACCCAGAGUGGCUGGGGAAACCCAGCCAGAUGAGCGGGGUAUAAAUAGAUGAUGAUGAUGAUGCAGCAUCUUCCUAUGUUCCUAAUGCCUCAUUUUUAUAGCAUUCCAAGUUUUUUUUUUUGUGUGUGUGUGUGUGUGUGUGUGUGUCUAAAUACACACACACACACACACACACACACACACAUAUAGACACACACACACAUAAAAACACACUCUACAAAUUUUGGGAGGGGGAAUCCUGCUGGAUAGGAAAUAAUUUUUAUACAGCUUUAUUAAUUUUGGGAGAAAUAAUUCCCUUUUACCCUUUAUUUCUCCAUCUUCUUUAAUAAAAAAUACAGGAACACCAACUUCUCGGCUGUCGCGAAUGCCAGGGCAGCUACCUCAGAUCUCGAAGUAUCAGUCCUCGUUUCUGGCAACUGAGCAGGUAACCCUGCUUGUGUUGUGACUGUUACAUUUUUCUUUUACUGGUUACAGUUAUGAAUUGUUCUCCAGAAAGAUCUCAGGAAAAUGUAUAAUGAAAGAUAACAGAACAAAAUACAUCAAAUGAAAGAAUGCAUAAGCCAUAAAUACUGAUCACUUGCAGUGGUAGAGCAUUAAGCCAAUUAAAAUAUCAAAUCUGUAAAGCCCUGGGAAAACAAGAGCAUCCUCAAAUUGUGUCUCAGUGUAAAAAGUGAGGAGGACAAACACUGCUCUAGAAGGGAGCUAUGAGGAAGGGCCCCAGCUCAGUGUUGGAACACCGGCUUUGCCAUGCAGAAGGUCCCAGGUUCAAUCCCAGGCAUCUCCAGAUAGGGCUGAGAAAGACGUGUCUGAUUCCCCUGAGAGUGUCACUGUCAGUCAGUCUUCAUAGUACUGAGCUAGACUGCAUGGUCUGACUUCAGUGUAUGGCAGCUUCCUGUAUUGGGAGUUCCAAAGCUUGGGUGCCACCAUGGAGAAGGCCCUGUUAUGCAACCUUGAAUCACAAAUCCUAGCAGCAUCAAUGAGCAGACACACACACCAGUCAAAGUUAAUGAUUGAGUUGGUUGGCCUUGUAGAAGGUGCUUCUGCAGAGACUUGAGUCUAUAGCCAUGCAGGGCUUUAUUUAAUUUGAUACCAAGACUGACUGACUAACAAAAAAUUGAUACCAAUGCCUUAAAUUGGGCCCAAAACCACACAGGCAGCCAGUGUCGGAUUAAAAUGCUCUUGCCUUGCUGGCCUAGUUGAUGACAUGCUCCCAUCAGCCCCCCAGCCUUGUCAAUGGGAGUUGGGAGCCCAAAGCAUCUGGAGGGUACACCAGGUUGGUGAAGACUGGAACAGAGAUGGAAGUUUAAAGUGGUGAUGGCACUGAAAGUGGAUGCAGGAGGUCUGAUUUUCCCUCCUUUCUAUUGGGUACACUGGGAAAAACCCUGCCACUCUUUUUCCAGGUGACCUUCUGGAGCCCUGCCGUUGCUUGUGGCAUGACCACUCCCCCCCACUCCCCUGGAAUUGUUUUGGAGACACCUUAUACCACAGCCCAGACUCUCAACAGGACCUUUAACAUACCAGGUAGGGCCAGCCAUAUUGGGGUUUUCUUUUCAGCACCCUGGCAGGUUUGUCAGCAACAAAAACUAGUUAAGUGCCAAACCAUUGGCCUGUGACAUUAUUGCACAAGCCCCUGAAGCCUCUAAACUCUAAACUCUCAUACGCGGGGGCCCAAAGCGGCCCUUUUGGCCUCUCUGUUUGGCCCUUGGGCCUUUUCCUAGGUGUGCCCCAGCAGCCUUGCUUUGUGCCCUCUUUGAGUACUUUUGGUUGGCCAGAAUAUUCCCUUGGUUGCCUGACUGGAGGAUGGAUAGAGGUGAGUGUGUUUGGUGGGAAGAGAGAUAUAUGUGGGUGUAUAGAAACCUCUUAAAUUCUGUAUGGCUGGUACAUAACCUGUGGUACAAAGGUAAAGAGUUAACUUUGCUCUACCUACUUUUGGCCUCUGGCCCUGCCCACCACUGGGACACGACACCUGGAAUGUUUGCCCAUGAGGGAGCAUAGUCCUUGGGAAGCUGAAAAGUGCUCUCCCCAACCCUUGCUUUAAAAAAAGGGUCAUGCAUUAACAUUUGUAAGGGAAUAUUUUUUUUCCUGUAUUUCUUUUAAACAGCCGAGAAAGGUGCCCGCCCAGAAACUGCCAUCUCCCCACCUCCCUCAUGCAGUUCAGAAGAAGUUGCUCAUGUUUCAGUUUCCACUGCACCUCCCAAAAAGGUACCGUCAAAAUUGAUAACGCUUGGCAAAAUGGGGAUUCCACUUUUGAACUUGGCCUAUGAGCAGAUUUAAAAAGUAAUUGAUUAUGGCUGUCUUUUUAUGAGACUUUCAAGGUGAUUCUGAUUCCCAGUUCAUCAGAAGCAACCAUAACAUGACUUUCCCCACCCUACAUUAUGGUGCUGAAAUGAAUAAAGCUUUAAGGACUAACCAUGGAGUGGACUUUUGGAUGAAAGGACUUUGCGUACAUUGCUGGUUCUGAAAACUAAUUCCACUACUCAAGAGGCAUCCUCUUGUUUAAUUUUAAACCGUAUGUUCCUUGCACCUGGUUUUGUUUCAUAGAACUUAGAAAUCUAGUUGUUAAAAAAAAGGGGGGGGACACUACUAGCUCUGACCAGUCUGAAGUCUGCGUAGCCCUGUCCAAAGAACUCUACUUUAGGUAGGAGGCUACUUGCUGUAUCUUUGCAAGACUUACAGGCAUUCCCCGCCUCCCCACAUACAUGUUCUACUAACGUGUGCCCUUGCAUAUGCAUGGCACCAGGAAAUUAAUAAAUAGAAUCAUACCAGGAAAUGGGAGAGAGCUGGAGAGUCCCUCCCUGGAGCCAAAAAAGGAGAUACAGUGAGGGUGGAGGAAGAGACUGGAGGCCCAGUGGUGCUUUGUUUAGGCUGAUCAGCCUCCCCACCUAACAGCUGACACACGGGGUAGACAGCAGCAGCCACUACCGCUUUCCCACACAGCCUCCAGCCUCCAGCCAGCCUUAGAGCUUCAGCUCUAGAUAUUUUGGUCUGGAUUGGAGAAAGAGCAGGAAAGAGAGGGGAAAGCAGAGGAAAGUAGGUAUUUCGAGGUUUUUUAGAGGGUGAACCCCACUUUACACAAUUUUGCUUGUGCGCACCAGGGCCCAGAAUGUAAACCCAUAAGUGGGUGGACGCCUGUAUUAACAGCCCAUCUUUUCUUCAAGAAGCUCAUGGUAAUGUACAUGGUUCUUCCCCACAACAACACUGUGAGGUGGUUAUACUGAGAGGCGGUGAUGGGCCUGUGAUCACCCAGUGGGCUUCAUGGCUGAGUAGGGAUUCGAACACUGGUCUCCCGGGUCUUAGUUGGGCACUCUACACCAUACUUGCUGCUGAGUCUCCUUCUUUCCCAUCAGUCUUGGCUUGUGGGGGGCAGUCAUUUUGUCAGUUCAUUCCUAUGCAGGGGCUGAAUUACCUGCCCUUGGAGGAGGCAGUGACUUGGGUAUAUGAGGGAAGCUCCUCCAGAAAACAUGUAUUAUAUUUUCCCUUGCACACACUCUUGGUGGUCCUGGUUUUAAUUGGGGUGUGUGUGUUGGGGGUGUUCCUUUUCUGUUUGGUUUUGGGGAACAUGUGAAGCAUUGUGAUGGAGAUGUGUCUGUUGCUUGGAAUUCUUGCUCUCUUCUAGGAGGGCAGAACCAAUCCCGCAAGGUCUUCGUUGUCCCGACAGCCAAACAUCACCCAAAGUUCUCAAGCUGUUGGUAAGCUUCACCUGAAUUCCUGCCUCCUAAAUCAGAGGUCACCAACCUAAGGCCCGUGGGCCAGAUUCGGCCCAAUCGCCUUCUCAAUCCAGCCCCCGGACGGUCCAGGAAUCAGCGUGAUUUUACAUGAGUAGAAUGUUUCCUUUUAUUUAAAAUGCAUCUCUGGGUUAUUUGUGGGGCCUGCCUGGUGUUUUUACAUGAGUAGAAUGUGUGCUUUUAUUUAAAAUGCAUCUCUGGGUUAUUUGUGGGGCAUAGGAAUUCGUUCAUCCCCUCCCCCCCCCCAAAUAUAUAGUCCGGCCCACCACAUGGUCUGAGGGACAGUGGACUGGCCCAUGGCUGAAAAAGGUUGCUGACCCCUGUCCUAAAUCUUUAUCCUCUAUCAUCUCUUACAAAUUGGGAGUGUCAUUUGCACAUCAUGUCUCUGCUAGUUCAUUAGAUGGCAGUCUAAGUGUGGAAGUUCUUCCAGAGUGUGUGUGGGUACAGCCAUAUUUUGUGAUAGUUUGGAGAAGAGGCCUUUUGGUGUGGUUUGAACUUGCAUUGCAACAAUGUUUGCCAUAGCAAACAAGUUAAAAUAUUUUGUUUUCUCUCUCUCUCUCCCUCUCCCCCCUCCCAUAAAAGAUUCUCACAACAGUAAAAGUUUGGUAACUUUAAGUGACCUUCCUGGCAUCUUGGGUGACCUGGAGGCCUCUUCUCAAGACAGCGGUGAGAAGGACCGAGAGGAAGGUAAUGGGGUAGGGGGCAUCGGGAAGUUCAAGAACAUCAUGGCCAAGAGGGUAGACUCUGUGCUCAUGAGUCUGCUUGUUGGGAUCUCACCUUGUGUGGCUCCAGAUGGAAUUGUAUGCCUCUGUCCAGCUUUGGGUAGGAGCCGAAUGAAAACAGUCUUUUUAUAGACUAGCAGUUUAGGCAUGGGCAGGGCAGUAUGUGUGUGCACGUGUCAUGGUUUCCCUGGGGAAUGCAGAACUUAAUGUUAGGCACCAUCUUCAGCUGCUUGAAGAAAUCUCUCUUCUGAAAACAAGUAGUAGAGCAUCUGCUUUGCAUGCAGAAGGUCCCUGCUUCAAUCCACCAACGUCUCCAGGUAGGGCUUCGGAAAGGUUCGCUGUCUGAAACCCUGGAAAGCCUGCUGCUGCUGCUGCUGCUGCUGCUGCUGCUGCUGCUGCUGCUGCUGCUGCUCAGUUUGGACAAUACUGAACUAGAUGAGCCAGUGGGCAGGCUUGGUUUAAAGCAGCUUCUGCUGUCAAGUUUCUAUCUGUCAUGGCUGCAAAGAGACUGUUGAAAGUAUGUAGGGCAAUGCCUGCUGAAAUCUCAGAAAGCUAUUGGGCUGUCUGAACAGGACUGCCAAGGGGCUAGAGCUUCACUGCCUCAUGCCUAGCAAACCCAAAAUAAAUUCUGCAAAAUACCAAAUGUGGCAUUUUGUCCUGAAAAAACUUUUUUUUAAAAAAGAAAUACUGGAAUAACGUACAUAGUUACAGAAUCCCAAGUGUUUUCUUUAUUUGGAGUAUGUAUUGUCUUGGCAUAGAAUCUGCCCUGGCAGGUCUCAGACCCUAAUAACAAAGUGAUUCCUCAAGGAGUGAUAACACCAGAAGGUUAAAUUAUUUUCAGUGCUCCACCUUUUGCAACAGCAGCUAAGGCGGGUGGAUUUCCUGCCACUGAUGAGCAAAUAUAGGGCAGCAUGUCUGAUCCAUCCACACUUUGCUUUUCUCUGUCCUUAGAUGCCAUAUCAAGAGAGAUCUCAGAGAUCACCACAGCAGACGCGGAACCUGUGGUGCCUCGGGGAGGUUUUGACUCCCCUUUCUACCGCCUGAAUGAGGGUCUCCCCAGCUCGAAGAAAUCCCAGCUGGCUGCCUCAAGUUCACAGGGGCAUAACCUGGACUCCAAGCCCCUGGCGUUGUCACCCCUUGCAGCAUCGACACCAGGUGUGGCCCAAUCUGGGCUCAAAAGGUCACUGGAUAUGCCUAAGCAAACCUUCACGCCUAUUGACCUACCCGGCCGAUACUCCGAGAAUCAUCCUUCUGGUCACCAGCAAAGCCAGGUGUCUCUGGAGUCAAACAUUGUUGCCCCUAGCCCUUGCAAGAUUCCUGCACGCAAGUGGAUGGGGUUUGGGGAUGAGCAGCCCCCUGAUUACGAGCACCUCUUCGAAGUGGCUUUGCCAAAGACCGCCUACCAUUUUGUAAGCAAGAAGACGGAAGAGCUUCUCAGGAAUGUCAACGCAGGUCACGACAAAGUGAACUCUUCCUCCCCAUCCCCCUUGGAAAUGCUGGAUCAGCUCAUACAGCAUGGAGCAGAUGCCCACAGCAAACGGCUUGACCAGUAAGUGACGGCAGAGCUUGUAUUCUUAAGGCUGGAGCUAGUGUGGUGACAAGAACAGGACUGAACCACCAUUUCAAGUUACUCGUCUGUUCCCUGUAAUGCUGAGGCCUUGGGGCCAAAUGCAACUCUCCAGGGCACUCUGGUUCUCUCCCCACUCCCGAAUGCUCCCUGGGCCACUGCCCUCCUUGAGUGUUUUUGCAUGACCAGAAUGUAGAUGGUUCCUCUUGAUUGUCUGAACAGAGGGUAGAGAGAGUAGUAUGUAGAAACUAGCCUGCUGUAGAAAAGUAGUGUGAGUGUGUGUGUGUGUGUGUGUGUGUGUGUGUGUGUGUUAGUGUUAUACAGUAGGCUAGUUUCUACAUAAAACAAUCUCUAUCCUCUAGUUACCUUUUUUCAGGAAAAAAGAAAUGCUAAGCAACUUACAAAAGAACAAACAAACAAAACCCUGAAAUAUGCAAGUAACAUAUAAAAAAAUAUCCAAAUGAACUUCACUAAAAUAUGAGCAAAAAGCUAAGAUCCCAAGGCCUAUUUGAAUAAGAAUGUUUUUGCCUUGUCACCUAAAAUAAAAUAGUGCUAUGGUGCUAGGCAUACUUCCCAGGGUGUGACUUUUCCAUAAAUGGGGAGCCACCACUGAGGUUCAUUUGUUGCCCUACCCAGUUUUGCCUCUGGCCCCACCAUUGGCAUGUGGCUCUUGGAAAAAUGGGAUGGGGCUGUGGAAAGCUUGGAAAUAGCUGUGUGACCUUCCUCUCGUCCUCUGGUCUCCUUCAGCACAGCUCCCCGCCCCCUUGCCAAACAAUUCAAAAUCUUAAUCACAUUAUGUAGAGCUUGGCAAAACAGUGCAUAUAACCUGCAUGCUACACUUUAAGAACUUGCUCUGGUUUUUUUGCCUUUUUUUAAAAAAAAAUUAUGGCUUGCUAAUUGCUACAUUUCCCACGAAAGGUAAAGGGACCGCUGACAUUUAAGUCCAGUUGUGACCAACUCUGGGGUUGUGGCGCUCAUCUCGCUUUACAGGCCGAGGGAGCCGGCGUUGGUCCGCUCCGCAGACAGUUUUUCCGGGUCAUGUGGCCAGCAUGACUAAGCCGCUUCUGGCGCAAUGGAAUACCGACACCAGAGCAGUGCACGGAAACGCCGUUUACCUUCCCGCCAGAGCGGUACCUAUUAAUAAUCUACUUGCACUUGACGUGCUUUUGAACUGCUGGGUUGGCAAGAGCUGGAACAGAGAAACGGGAGCUCACCCCGUCGCGGGGAUUUGAACCGCCAACCUUCUAAUCGGCAAGCCCCUGGGCUCAGUGGUUUAGACCACAGCGCUACCUGUGUCCCAAAUUUACCACUACAUUGGUGUAAUUGGUCACUCACGUAGUCCUGUACCUUAGGACAGUGAGAGCAGUAGGGUGAUGCUUGAAACCACCUGGGGUUUGUUGUUGCUUUAAAAAAACAAAACAUUUUUUACUGCAAUCCAGAAAACCCACCAUUCUUAUUUGUUCCUCAGAUUACCUUUGCUAAGCAAAUCAGCUGACUGGACUCACUUUGGAGGUAAGAGGUUGUUGUUUUUUUGAGGCAUGUAUUUUAAUCCAUGUGUUGGAGCAAAACUUUGCUCAGCUUUUGUAUCAAGCUGCUGUGCAUCUUUCCUCACUGCACCGGCAUCUUGCAUUUGAUGGUGCUCGAUAGCUUCCAAGAGUGUAAAUGGUGUAUUCUCUAUUCACUGGCAUCUGGUAAUCCAUUGCAGUUUGUUCAUAGACUUCGUGAACCUGAGUGUAGUGGCAUUUAAUCUAGAUGUUAACCAGAACAUGGGAAAACUGGCCAGAUCACACUUUUCCAAAACAGGGCUGCAGAGCACACACCAACCUGGCUGAAGGUGCUUUAUGCUAUGGGCAAUGCUUGGACAUCCAUCUCUAAGGCUGGAUUGGACAGUCAUCUCCCCUAUGAAGAAACGUGGCAGCAUUUGGGACAGUUUAGCUUAGAGAAAAGGCGAGUAAGAGGCAACAUGAUAGAAGUUAUACAUAGCAUGGAGAAAGUGGAUAGAGAGUAGUUUUUCUAUGACUUGUGGACAUCCAUUGAAGCUGAAUGUCAUCAGAUGCAAAACAAAUAGUUUUCCUUCACAUAGCACAUAGUUAAACCAUGGACCUCACUUCCACAAGAGGCAGUGAUGGUCACCAAUGUAAAGAGCUUUAAAAGAGAAUUAGACCAAUUCAUCAAGGAUAAGACUAUUGAUGGCAGUUAGCUUUUAUGGCUAUGCUCUGCCCCCACAGUUAGAAGCAUCAAUGUUUCUGAAUAAGAGGAGGAGUUUGGACUUGAUACCCUGCCUUUCAUUCCCCUUAAGGAGUCUCAAAGCGGCUAACAUUCUCCUUUCCCUUCCUCCCCCACAACAAACACUCUGUGAGGUGAGUGAGGCUGAGAGACUUCAAAGAAGUGUGACUGGCCCAAGGUCACCCAGCAGCUGCAUGUGGAGGAGCAGGGAAGCGAACCCGGUUCACCAGAUUACGAGUCCACUGCUCUUAACCACCACACCACACUGGCUCCUGGAAACCACAGGAGGAGAGAGUGCUAUUGCACUCAAAUUCUGCUUGCAGGUUUCAUACAGGUGUCUAGCUGGCUACUGUGAGUACAGAAUACUGGCCCAGAUGGGCCGUUGGCCUGAUCCAACAGGCUUUUGUUACGUUCUUAUUCCUGAGCUGCAGACCUAAUCCUUUAGGAGGAGGAACUUUAGUUUAAGGGUGCUGGGAAUUGUAGCUCUGCCCUGGGGUAAACUGCAGUUCCCAGGAUUCUUCAGGGGAAGCCCAUGUGCCUUAUGUAUAUUGUGUGUAUGCAGCCUUAGUUGUGUGUCCUGUUUGCAAGGUGUCUUAGGCCUGCUGAAUGAAUGGUGCCAGCAUCUUUGCGUUCCAUCGUCUUCUUUCUGCCUUCCCCUCAGGUGCUCCUCCACCAGAUGAUUUCAGUGUUCUCAGAAUCCAGCUCCUCUUGCUGCACAACGAACUGUUGUAUGAGCGCUUCAAGAGGCAGCAGCACGCGCUGCGAAACCGGCGGCUCCUGCGCAAAGUGAUAAAGGUGACGGCUCUGGAGGAACACAAUGCUGCCAUGGUGAGUCAAGGUUUCUACAGGGAGCCCCUUCACUGCAGGCAGUUUUCCACCUGCUGUGUUACUACUGGGGAAGGGGGAUGGAAGGCAACUUUGGGUCUGGGAGUGAAGGGCAGGAUUCCAAGACUUUCUUAUGUGGCCCCCAUAAUUCUCACACAUUGCCCCAUACAGUGGUACCUCGGGUUACAUACGCUUCAGGUUACAUACACUUCAGGUUACAUACGUUUCAGGUUACAUACACUUCAGGUUACAGACUCCGCUAACCCAGAAAUAGUACCUCGGGUUAAGAACUUUGCUUCAGGAUGAGAACAGAAAUUGCAUGGUGGCAGUGGGAGGCCCCAUUAGCUAAAGUGGUGCUUCAGGUUAAGAACAGUUUCAGGUUAAGUACAGAUCUCUGGAAUGAAUUAAGUACUUAACCUGAGGUACCACUGUAUUUCCAGGCCGUGCCUUUCACCAACUCUGCUUUGUGGCUUCCUUGAGUGUUUCUGCAUGGCUGGAGACUGUGCUUAAAACGUUUAACCUUUACCCAGAUAUUUAGAAAAUUGGUGUAAAUUUUAAUCUGUUUCGAGUUUUGAGUUAUUUUAACUUUUGAAAAGUCUUAAAUUAUUAAUUUUAUUCUUUGAUUUUGUUGUUUCAUCUUCUUUUUUACAAACUGCUUUGAGGCUUUUAAACAAUGUAUAGAUUCUAUGAAAUAAAAUACAGACCUACUGACAUGCAGCAGGCAUGGCAUAAACAGAUUUACACUUUGCGUUUGACAAAACUUGCCCUUAUUUGAAGUGGGCCCUUUUGACUGGUCUCUGCUUCCUGGCAGAAAGACCAACUGAGGCUCCAGGAGAAGGACAUCCAAGUCCUGAAGCUCAGCCUGAAGAUGGAGCAGGCCAAGUUCUACAAGUUCCAGGAGGAACACAACAUGCUCAUGGCUCGGCUCCACAGCCAGAUCCGCCAGUUGCAGCAGGAACGGGAAGAGUAUUACAAUCACAGCCAGGAACUGAAGGUAUAAGAAGUGACUCUCUGAGUUGGAGGUUGGGGGCCGGCAAGGGCAGAGGGAGGUGUCUCCCAAGGAUAUGGUGCCACUAACCAGCUUCACUAAUAUUGUUUGGUUUUCUUUUUACAAGAUCAGACUGGAAGACUGCCACAAAAUCAUCGCAGGCCUGCGGCUGGAGUUGAACACGGCCAGCAGCAAGAUGUGUCACACGGAAUUGUUGCUGAGCCAGGUUUCUCAGAAGGUAAGAGCUAAAUUUUCCUGUGGGGUUCCCACUUCCCCUAUUUUGUGUGCAUAGGUGUGUGUCCUUGGUUUCAAUAAGACUUCUUCUUGCUGCAUCGCAGUAUUGUGGACCCUGCUCUGUGUUUGUUUGUUUGUUUGUUUGUUUGUGUGUGUGUGUGGUUGGGGCUGGUGGGAGUUGGAGUCCAGUAACGUGUGGGAGGGGGGGUCUAUUGGUUUGUUUUUAUUUUAGUAUGCAUUUUGUGUUGUGAACAGCCCUGUGAUCUUUGAAUGAAGGGUGUUAUAUAAAUUUAAUACAAAAUAAACAUGAAGGGCAGCAGGUUCCCCAUCUUAUGGUAUAAGCAGUACUUUUUUAAAAAGAUAAUAAUUGUGUAGUCUCUAACUAAAACUUUCUCUCUUAAGCUUUCUAACAGUGAGUCGGCCCAACAGCAGAUGGAGAUGUUGAACAGGCAACUCCUAGUCUUUGGGGAGAUGAAAGAGUUGUGUUUGAAACAGCUUCAGCACAAGCAGGCUGGCACAACUAAGGUAUGCCUCAGGAGAGAUGUGUGCCAGCAGUGUUGCUCUGUGGCUCACAUUGGGCAAACACAACAGGCUGGCCCUGCAGAUGUUGCUGGACUCCAGCAUUCAUGAAUCCCAGCCAGUGUGGCCUUAUGGUCAGGGGUGCUAAAACAAAAACAGGGGAGUUAACCAGUGCCAUAGCUACCAAUGGCGGGGGGGGGGGGCACUAGCCAGGUUUUCUACCCCAGGUGAAGCCUCCAGAGGGGUGCCAUUGACAUUUUAAGCCUGUGUGUGUGUGUACACACAAAUGCACGUGUGGGGUGUUGGUGCCAAACUGGGUCUUUGAAAUAAAGCCUAGUUUUGCAAAUGAGCAUGCAUCAGAUCAAUAAAUUGGGUGCUUCAGAUGUUGUUGGACCCCUCUUAGCCCCACCGAUCAGGGAUGAUGGCAGCUACAGACAGGCCUGCAGCUGGGAGGACCAUAGGUUAGCCACUGCUGCACUACUUUGAACCCUGCAUACUUUGAAAAAAGCAUGUACUUAAAGAAGUACAGUAGUAAUAUUUAUUUCCAAUAAGAAAAUGAUGGCAGGCAUUUCAAUUUUCAUCAAAUUAUCUGUGGCUGGGGAGAUUAAAAAAAUACUUGCCAAUAUUUCAGCACCUGAGAAUCUCACACCUCUAGGAAGAAUGAUAGGGUUGAAUUGAACCCCAGGCAUCCUUUGCCAGCGCCUACGAUGAGUUAGUGGUUUCGCUAAACCCAGAUCCAAGGUCAAAAGCAGCAAUUCCUUAAGUAGUUCUGUCAUAAUUCUGCCUGGCCUCUCUUGUUCCCUGUCAGUCUUCUCUUCUCCUGUCUACAAUCAUUUAGCUUUAUUUAACCCCCUCCAUCUUCCAGGAAGUGGAAUGCCUGCAGAUGGCCUUUCAGAAAGAACUGGAGAAAGCACAUUAUUGCAUUCAGCAGCAGAGCCAGGAGCUGGAGGCGUCUCAGAAGCGAGUAGGCGAACUGGAAUAUCAGCUAGCAAAGAGGGACCACCUCUUGUUGGAGCAGAAGAAAUACUUGGAAGAUGUUAAAAUCCAAGCCAGGUAACCCCCCCCCCCCCGCCCUUCAGCUCAUUUUACCAAGCAAGGGAGUACAGAGGCCUCCCCCAAAUCCCAAUUUCACUCCUGUCAACCUCCAGGAAUGUUAGGUCUUUGAGGCAAGCAAAGGUCUCCUAACAACUCACAGCAUCCUGCACAAACUCCAGCUCCCAGGAUUCUGUGGGGAAAGCUGUGGCUCUUUAAAGUAGUAUUAUAGUACUGUAAAUGUAUGGGAUGAAUGUGACCAUAGCCUGGAGGGGAAUACCUCUUUUUCCCCCUUGAAAGAGAAAUGCUUUUGUACACAGAGGGGAAAUGUAAUGACAUAAAAUCCAGACACAGGUUUCUUUCCUUUUUUCAGUUUCCAACUCCAAGCAGCUGAGGGCUGGUACAAAAUGCAGAAAAAUAUUACGCAGCUGUUUGAGGUAGAGAUACUGAGUCUGCAUGGCCAAGUACAGAAUGAACGGCUGUUGAAUAACCGUGAAGAAAACAAGGUGGAACAAGCUGAAUCCAAUGAAAGGUAAAGGGGCCAAGUGCAGCUGUGAGGCUUGCUGGCUGCUCAUAAUAAACAAUUUACGUCUGAGGCUUUCAGAGCUUAGGAGUUGCAGCCAACAUUUGUCAUAUUCAGAGUAGACCCAUUGAAAUUAAUGGGUUUGACACAUGGUCUAUUCUUCAUUGCAUUUAUAACCCCACCCCACCCCUUUCCUGCAAGGAGCUCAAUGUGGCUUAUAUAGUUCUCCCAUCACAACACCUCUGUGAGGUAAGUUAGGCUGAGAGACUGCCCCAAGGUCUCCCAGUGAGCUUCAUGGCUGAGGGGGGUGGUAUUAGAAUCUUGUUUUCCCAGCUCCUAGUCUGACACUCUAACCACUAUACCACACUGGCUAAGUUUCACUAACUGAGAACAGGAUGCUGGACUGGAUGGGCCAGUGGUCUGAUCCAGCAGGCUGUUCUUAUGUAGGGGGAGUGAAAUCUUUGGGUAGGUGGGGCAGUUUCCAGCCAUGUGCUGCUGCUUCUGAAGGCAAACCUUUGGUCACUUGGGCUGACUUGUCUCUCCCCUCUCCCCCCGGCCCCCACAACAGGCUGCCUGGAGCAAAUGAAAGCAGUGCCGACCCUACUAUGGGACACAGUGAGGAACCGCUGGAAUGUAGCAGUGAGACUGAACCUCCCAGCACCCGGGGCAGCAGCAGCGAGGUGUCCACCCCUGAGAAGCCCAGCCAGCGCACUGGGCAGCUCAACAACCGCAGGGAGUCGUCUGCAUUGCUGGAGCCCUCCUCUGGCAGUGUCCCCCCCACAGUGGGCUCCUUCCCAAGCUCUGAGAGUUUCCUAGGGAUGAAGGCCCAAGAGCUGUUCCACAACAAGAGCAAGGGUCACUGCAAUGAGGAUGGGGUGGCCGUUGGCAACGUUUGUGAAACUCUGAAGACCUGCAAAGAUCCCAGCCUGGAGGUCACGGAGGCAGCCCAGGCACCCUCCCCUAGCCCCGAGGAACUGCCUCCCUCCCCCAGAACCCAGGACGCCAAUGUUGGACAGCUUCAUAUCAUGGAUUACAAUGAAUCUCAUGGCCAUAGCUAGAAAUGAGGAAAGGAAAAUCAAAAUCAGUAUUAACAUUUUCAUAUUUUUGGCAUAGAACAGGGAGGUGUGGCUGCCCAAUUUAACUAAAAGCUUUUGGGUUUUGUCAGUCCAGCACCCUACCAGCUUACACAGGCGGCAAUUCUUUCGUUGGACUUGUUUGCCCCAAGUGGGUUUAUGGGAUGGCGGAGUUUCUGGGUCUAGAAGUGUAGGUGAUCAGUCAAGGCCUUCCCUGAAACACUUCUGUCCCUCUUGAAGCCACUGUGUAGUACACACUUUGAUGCAGCAGCAGCUAGGAUUUCUCCAAACUUUUUGUCAACCAUCCACUUUUUUCUUGCCCUACCCCCCUGCUGAGAGGUUGGUUUAAAUGAACUUGUGUGCAAUAUGGAGCAGAGCUUCCCCCAAGGAAUACUUGGGGUGUGCUCAUCUGGAGAACUAAGCAUCUGUUGUCUCCCCUCCUGCAAGCAACUCAGGGUUACUCUUAUUGAGAAACCCCUGGAUUUGUUUUUCUCAAAGUGUUAUAAUAUGAUGGCAACUCAGUCUUUUCCCCAUCUUCAGCCUUCCCCCUCCCCAUUCCCCCCCCCACCAACUUUUUGCAUUUUGUGCAUAGACUGGACUCUAACCGUGAAAUGAGAUAGAGUCCCCCUCCAGCAUUGAAAACCAUACCCUCUUCCUCUCAUCUCCCCUCCCCACAAAUUUGCUUUUGUUGCUGGAUGAGAUGGUACUGAGCUGACCUCCAGUUGUGUGGGUGUUUAUUUUUCCACCCUGAGUGGAAAAGAAAGCUGAGGCUUUUCUGUUGGAAACCUGUCCUGUGGAGAUUUCUGGUUAGUACAGUGGAUGCUGAACUUCCUCAGCAAAGCAAAUGCCUCACCUAAGCUGAGACAAAUUUUUCUUUGUGUUUGCUGCUGUGUCUUAUGAGAAAAGGGUGAGCUGAUUUUUUUCUCUUCCACUCCUUCCUAAGGAGUGGUAGUCCUGUUUCUCAUUGUCUGCCCAGAUGCCACCCUGGUCCCCCGUCCCCCCCCCUGUUGGCCUACUCACAUUUCUAUGAUUUAAAAGCAGUGGGAUUGGCUAUAUUGUGUCCUCCCCCCUUGCAAACUGUCCCCUUGUGGUUCAUUUGCAAAGUGGGCUUUAUUUUCAACAGCAAAAGUACCUCUUCAGUUGAGAGAGCCUUCUCUCUUUUAAAGAGACAGCAAGACCUUUCCCUAAAGGGCACAUGAUCACCUGCCAGAAUCUCCCAGUAUGUUCUCUCCCCACUGCACCAUGGACCACAGAAAUUAUGGAGCAUUCAGUAAAUCUCUUGAAUCAUGAAUGCAGCACAUGAAAAGGCAAGGGGAUGCAGGAAGAUCCCGGUGGUAAAGCUGGAAAUUAUUUUGUUCCCUUAACAAACAAAAAAAAGCCUGGCUGCUUUUAGUUAACCGUUUGUCAGAGAGCGAUUUCUCUAUUUAGAGUUAACAUUGAUUCCUGCCUUGCUCUUUGUAUAAGUAAAUAUUUUACAUUUAUAAAAUGUAAAAUGCCGUAAAUAUGAAAUUGUAAGUAAGUAAGUAAGAAAUGGUGCAAUUCAAGAUAAAGGAGUAAAUUAAAGAGAGAAAAAAACCCAAAUGGAUGAAAAUUUGCUGUCCUUGCUAGGAUGUUGUAAUAUGUCACAGUAGUUCUUUGUGUUUUACUGUGAACAAAAAUAAAAAGAAUUCUUUUGUACUAUAUUAGACUGAAUGGUUUUUGCAAGUAAAA